AUUUCGACCCCCCCACAACUCCGGUUCCGUUGGAAACCCUGUGUUUGGAUUUCUAAUAAUACGGACACAACUGAAUGUGACGCCUCCAACACAGGGCCUACAACGCAAUACGCAUGCUCAGAACUUGGCAAACGGAGCGGGAGACUUGGCAGUAGGAACAUAAGCUCAAAUCAGCAAAGGCAAGCAACGGACGCGUGUGUAACAGGGGUAUGUCUACUUGUUUUUCCCCUUUUCAUGCCGCGACAGUUCCCAAGUUUUGAAACUGGGAAGCAUGCACCCUUGACAAAAAAACCGCCGUUGAUCUACGUGACGAUUAGAGUCUUUUGCGCUACGGGCCGAGGGAUGAUGGUCUUCAGCAUAGCAGCCAAGAUUCUUUGCAUCAAUAUUUUCAAGGAGCUUACGGGCACACAAGCCCUGACUACGGCGUGGGAUCCACACGUGGAGGCUUUGCUCGUGGUUUCUCGCCAUUUUCGGUCGUCUAGACUACAUUUUCGCCACAUUUGUGACUAUGGCAAAUGCACCGUGUAUGCACACGCGGAGGCGGAAGGAUCCGCCGCGUUUUAG